ACACACCCUCUCUGAUGAAGGACAACAAGCUGCAACAAGCUGCGUCACUUCACUCCGUCUGAUGGAAGCUGAAGUGAAGCACGGAGCUCCUUUUCUACAGACCUGCUGAGGACAGAAGAGAGCUGCACACUGAGGAAGUUCAUGUCUACAAGAUCACAGGUUGUUCUGAAGGUGUAAAGGUGUGGACUCUGCAAUGAAUCAGGCUGAGGACCCAGAGGACAGUGUCCCUCCCUCUGAAGCCCCUCUGUGUGGGGGACAUGACAGACAGACCAAAGCUCAGAGGACCAAUCAGAGACCAGGACCAGCAGCUGGACCUGAUUCUGAACCUGGUCUGCGAUCUGGACCUGAACCCAGCUGUGUGUCCAUGACGAGUAACCGGUCUAAGGAAUGGCCUAUAGAAUUCAAAGAUGGCCGUUCCUCUGCUGAUGCAAGUUCACAUCAGCAGAGAGAAAAGUCUCUUGAACCAAGCUGUGAGUCCAUGAGGAGUGAUUGGUGUAAAGAUGUUCUACAUUACUUCAAUGGUCAACGCCAACCUUAUGACCCUGAAGAAGACCAGAAGAGCUUGGAGGUUCCCACAGGUCAGUCUGCCCAGCAGCAUCAAACACACCUGGACUCCAUCUUCAUGCUGCUGGAGGAGGACAUCCUCACUUUUGUGAAGAACGAGCUAAAGACGAUCCAGAAGGUUGUGAGUUCAGGUUACCCAGAAUGCUUGGAGAUGGAGGAUGAAGAGGUGCUGGAUGAAGAGCUGAGGAGGAGCAGAGAGGCAUUUGUGAAGAUCUCAGUGCACUUCCUGAGGAGAAUGAAGCAAGAGGAGCUGGCUGACCGUCUGCAGAGCAGUCUUCUUCCUAAAGAUUGUCAACGUGAACUCAAAUCCAACCUGAAGAAGAAGUUCCAGUCUGUGUUUGAGGGCAUCGCUAAAGCAGGAAACAAAACCCUUCUGAAUGAGAUCUACACAGAGCUCUACAUCACAGAGGGAGGGACUGUAGAGGUAAAUGAAGAACAUGAGGUCAGACAGAUUGAAACAGCAUCCAGGAAACGAGCCAGACCAGAAACAACCAUCAGACGAGAAGACCUCUUCAAAGCCUCAGCUGGAAGAGAGGAACCAAUCAGAACAGUGAUGACUAAGGGAGUGGCUGGCAUUGGGAAAACAGUCUUAACACAGAAGUUCACUCUGGACUGGGCUGAAGACAAAGACCACCAGGACAUAGAGUUCACAUUUCCAUUCACCUUCAGAGAGCUGAAUGUGCUGAGAGAGAAGAGGUUCAGCUUGGUGGGACUUGUUCAUCACUUCUUCAGUGAAACCAGAGCAGCAGGAAUCUGCAGCUUUGAAGAGUUCCAGGUUGUGUUCAUCUUUGACGGUCUGGAUGAGUGUCGACUUCCUCUGGACUUCCACAACAAUGAGAUCCUGACUGAUGUCACAGAGUCGGCCUCAGUGGAUGUGCUCCUCACAAACCUAUUCAGUGGGAAGCUGCUUCCCUCUGCUCGCCUCUGGAUAACCACACGACCUGCAGCAGCCAAUCAGAUCCCUGUUGAGUGUGUUGACAUGGUGACGGAGGUCAGAGGGUUCAAUGACCCCCAAAAGGAGGAGUACUUCAGGAAGAGGUUCAGAGAUAACAAGCAGACCCGCAGGAUCAUCUCUCACAUCAAGACCUCACGAAGCCUCCACAUCAUGUGCCACAUCCCAGUCUUCUGCUGGAUCACUGCUACAGUUGUGGAGGACGUGUUGAACACCACAGAGCUGCCCAAGACCCUGACUGAGAUGUAUAUCCACUUCCUGGUGGUCCAGUCCAAAGUGAAGAAGGUCAAGUACGAUGGCGGGUCUGAGACGGAUCCACACUGGAGUCCAGAGAGCAGGAAGAUGAUCGAGUCUCUGGGAAAAUUGGCCUUUGAUCAGCUGCAGAAAGGCAACCUGAUCUUCUAUGAAUCUGACCUGACAGAGUGUGGCAUCGAUAUCAGAGCAGCCUCAGUGUACUCAGGAGUGUUCACUCAGAUCUUUAGAGAGGAGAGAGGACUGUACCAGGACAAGGUGUUCUGCUUCGUCCAUCUGAGUGUUCAAGAGUUUCUGGCUGCUCUUCAUGUCCAUCUGACCUUUUUCAGCUCUGGUGUCAAUCUGCUGUCAGAAGAACAAACAACCUUCCUGUUGUCUAAAGCCUUUGCUGACAAUCCUGAGCCAAUGCGUCUCUAUCAGAGUGCUGUGAACAAGGCCUUACAGAGUCCUAAUGGACACCUGGACUUGUUCCUCCGCUUCCUCCUGGGUCUUUCCCAGGAGACCAAUCAGACUCUUCUACGAGGUCUUCUGACACAGACAGGAAGUCGCUCACUGACCAAUCAGGAGACAAUCCACUACAUCAAGGAGAAGAUCAGUGAGGAUGUGUCUCCAGAGAAAAGCAUCAAUCUGUUCCACUGUCUGAAUGAAUUGAAUGAUGUUUCUCUAGUGGAGGAAAUCCAACGGUCCCUAAGAUCAGGACGUCUCUCCUCAGAUAAAAUGUCUCCUGCUCAGUGGUCAGCUCUGGUCUUCAUCUUAAUGUCAUCACAGGAAGAUCUGGAGGUGUUUGACCUUAAGAAAUGUCAUGCUUCAGAUGUGGCUCUUCUCAGGCUGCUGCCAGUGGUCAAAGCCUCCAACAAAGCUCAACUGAGUGACUGUAACCUCUCAGAGAGAAGCUGUGAAGUUUUGUCCUCAGUCCUCAGCUCCCAGUCCUCUAGUCUGAGAGAACUGGAUCUGAGCUACAACGGCCUGCAGGAUUCAGGAGUGAAGCUGCUGUGUGAAGGACUGAAGAGUCCACACUGUGACCUGGAGACUCUCAGGCUCUCAGGCUGUCUGAUCACAGAGGAAGGCUUUGCAUCUCUGGCCUCAGCUCUGAGCUCCAACCCCUCCCACCUGAGAGAGCUGGACCUGAGCUACAACCAUCCAGGAGACUUAGGAGUGAAACUUCUGUCUGCUGGACUAGAGGAUCCACACUGGAGACUGGAAACUCUCAGGGUGGAGCCUGCUGGAGUCCAAUGGUUCAGACCAGGUCUGAUGAAGUAUUCCUGUGAACUCACAUUCGACACAAACACAGUAAACAGACAAAUCAAACUGUCUGACAACAACAAGAAGGUGACACAUGUAAAAGAGGAGGAGGAUCAGUCAUACCCUGAUCAUCCAGACAGAUUUGACUACUGGCCUCAGCUUCUGUGUAGAACUGGUCUGACUGGUCGCUUUUACUGGGAGGUCGAGUGGAGUGGAAUGGUUUCUAUAUCAGUGAGUUACAAAGGAAUCAAGAGGAAAGGAGGCAGUAAAGACUGUUGGUUUGGACACAAUGAUCAGUCCUGGAGUCUGAGAUGCUCAAAUGAUGAAGGUUACUCUGUCCGUCACAAUAAGAUAUUAACACGCAUCACCUCCUCCUCCUCCUCCUCUGGUAGAGUAGCAGUGUAUGUGGACUGUCCUGCUGGCUCUCUGUCCUUCUACAGAGUCUCCUCUGACACACUGAUCCACCUCCACACCUUCAGCACCACAUUCACUGAACCUCUUUAUCCUGGGUCAUUCUCUUUCCUGAUACCUCAGUGUCUCUGUGUUCUCUGCAGGAGGGAGAGUCUCCUCCUGGUGUAGAACCUUCCUUUCUGCAGGUCUGUCAUCUGCCCACCCCCCCUCCCUAAAUUUGAUAAAUGUCUCUGUAGGAGCCACGAAGGUGGUUAUUAUAUACGAUCUGACUAAUAUAAAAUGUUAAGUAAAAUAGUUUAAUGGUUUAUAUUUGGGACACUUGGGUUAAUAUAUUUCGUUAAUUUUUGUUAAUUGCAUAUCACCGUAAUUGGGGGCGGUAACUUUUAAUUCAUUAUAAUAGCAGGUGCACAGACGGAAGUAACGAGAGAGAGAGAGAGAGAGGGUGAGUUACGGGGACGCCGUAUUUUUGUAGACCGCUGUUGCGCAGCUACGCCGUAACACUGUUACGUUGCUCCGACGUUACGCUUCUACACUGAUGAACUUUGUUUAAGCCUACAUUGUAAUUUUCCUUUUACGUUGACCCCGUUAUGUAUACUGGAUUAAGAUGGACUAGUAUUUCAAAAAACCUGUCAAACGCAUCAUCGGAUCUGAGCGGACAUUUUGUUUGGUACAGCGUGUCACAAUGUGCCACACCCAUACCUUAGCCUCUCAGCGACUGUUUUGUUUGGAUACAUGUCACUACAGUCUCUGUAUGAUAAACUGUCCUCAUUUGACUGUUCUUCAUUUUUAUUUAGCUGUUUUUUCAAGAAAUUUGUUUGUAAUGAGAAAAAAAUUGUGUGACCUGCUCAUCGCGGUUUUAUGUGUUGCACGUUUGCCGAGUCGCGCUGAGAAGGAGGCGCCGAGUCGAUCCAGGAGCACAUAUCUGGGAUCAGUGCACGUCCACGGCCUUCUUAAGUAGACCACGAUGUCCAUCACACAUUCACUGAUGCUGAAAUGGAGAAGACGCCGCGCGGAGCAUGUUUCUCACCCGCUGAUCAGCAACUGAUCAAAUACAUGAGGAGGUGAAGCAUGUAAUACGCAAAGAAAGGAAUAUGGCAGCUGUAAUUAAACAGAGAAAAAGCCUGGCAGACAAUCGCGGACCAACUGAAUGCGGAAGGAUUUAAAAAUAUCUACUUACCAGGAAGUUGUACACUCUUGUUUUUAUUGCUUUUAAUAUGAUCGUUUUAUGUAUUGGUUUUAUUGCUGUAUCUGUGUUCAUGUGCUAAAUGCACUGGUUUUACUGCAAAGUGUCUUUGAGUAGCAACAUGUAAAAAGCACUAUAACAUUUAUGAGUAUUUAGCCUAUACUUAAAAGUGAA